AUGGAGUUUAGAGAGCACAGCUCAGAUGAGGGAGAACCGGAGGACCUGGACAGCGUGAAAGCGCUGACCGCCAAGCUGAAGCUGGAGACCCGCCGGCCGUCCUACGUGGAGUGGCGGGAGAGGCUGCGGAGCCGAGCGGCCGGGGAGGGGCGUGAGGAGCCGGCGGACGGAGCGAGCACUGUGUGCGGGUUCGACACGAUAGACGAGGCGCUGGAAUGGCUGAGGAGGGAGCUGAGGGAGAUGCAGUUGCAGGAUAACCGGCUGGCCCGGCAGCUGAUCCGCCUCCGCGGGGAGAUCCACCAGCUAAAGGUGGAGCAGACUUGUCACCAGCACAAGGAGAUGCUGGACGACGCCACGCUGGAGCUGGAGGAGUGCGGCGAGGAGUCCGACCUGCUCUGCGACAUCCCGAUGAAGGCCGCCUUCGCCCUGUCCACACCUCUCAAACAGAUGGGCCUCACCAAGAUGAACCUAAACGCCAGGCGCUUCUCCCUCUGCUAGAGAGGAAGGAAACCUGAGCUACAAGCACAAAGGAUCAAGCCAUGACACACGCCAGCAAGAUGCCAAGUCUUAGAUCAGGGACAUUCACCGUAAACAGUCCUCGAAGGUCAAGGACUGAUCUGCAGCUUUCCAAACCUUCCCUUUCUUUAUUCAGGCAUCUGCUGUGGCAACAAAGCCCAAUCAGCUGCAUUGUUAACCUGUGGCUAUCAGUUAAUCAGGGCCUGAUCCUUAUCCAGGGUCUAGCUCCUGGAGAUCCAGUGCCUUAGAUACUGUGUACCACAGUGUGUGCUGACAUAUAGUAAUAAGACAUAUUCCACGACAUCUAACACCUAAAAUCUUAUUUUUUUUGUGCAAUACUGCCAAAACACUGCAAUUUAAACACAUUGCAGAUUCACCAAAGGUUAAUUAGCUUUGUUGAGUCUCUUCUUCCCUUUUCUUUGGUUUCAAUUCAAAUCCAUCUUGCCUUGUUUAAUGUUAGUACAGCUGUUUAUGGUGUUUUCAUUCUGACCACCUUUACAGCUCAGGUUAAACAUCUCAGUAGUGUACUUUUGCACUCAAUCUAAACCAACCUAGGAUCUCCUACGUGGGCAAAUCCAAACCAGACCUUGAAGUGGUCUCUCAAAAGUUACUUUCAAGCCUAAAAAAUGGCACAAAGGUUAGAAGUUAGAAUCUCAGAUUACGCUGCCUGCCAUCAGCAGCCAGAGUCAGAGAGAGCACAACUGGCCCAGCUCUCUCUCAGGGUGGUAAAUGGCACUCUAAUGUGAUGUUGGUAUCUUGUAUUAGAGCUGGGGAUCCGUCACUUUCCUCCACGUGUGCUAGCUGCCUACCCACUAAGAAAAAUAAGUACAGAUUUGUGCUUAAGAGUACAAAGCUUGUCGCUGGGGCUGUACCUUAUAUUGAGGUACAAAAAAGUACCCUUCAGUGAAAGUCCUUUUUUGUACCCAUGUUUUUGUGCCAGUAAAGAUUAUAAAAAUUAUAAACAUUAUGAUCAACUGAAUAUGGCUCAAAAACUUGAUGAUCGAAAAUUGUCUGGCUUUCAAAUAAAAAAUGUGCAAUUAAAAUAUAUAUUGUUUAUUAGUACAGUGAUACAGAAUACUGAAUGUACCUUUUGGCUGAAGGUUAAAUGGUAUAAAUUUGUACUUAUUGCUGUUAAAAAUUACUUUGUACUUCAGAGGGAACAAAUCUGACCCUGUAAAGACCAAUAUUAUACCUUUGAGGGUACAAUUAUGAAGAGUAAUGUACCUUUGAGUACAAAAUAGUACUCAUAUCGUACCUCUGUUUUUUAGAGUGUGGGGAUGCUGCAUUGGUGGCAGUUAGAAAAGAGUGUGUUAAAUGGCUAUGCCUAAAUGUUUAUUUUAUGUUGUCUUUUUUAUUAAUACAUUAUCAUGUGUAUUAAUUGCAGGGGGGCCUUAGAUGCUUACAUUUUAAAUUUCUGCCUCUUCUGCUCUUUCGUAUGGUUCCCUCUGUACUAAAGCUUGUAAUGUAGUAGUGCUAUUAUAUGGAUAUUAUAUAAUAUUAUGUUGCAUGUUGUCACCAUCACCAGAAGGCCUUAUACAAAUACAGUUAGAUUUACUUUUAUAGUAAUUAUCUGACGUUUCUAUUCAGAGAGAUUCAAGGUGUUUUCACACCUAAAAAAAUCCGGACCAAAGCCAUGUGUUUGUUACAUUGUUUAUAUUUAGUCCGAUUAGUUCUGGUUUCACACUGAAGUUUAGUGACUGAGUUUAGCACUAAAAAUGUUUCGCUGUGUCCUGUCAUCAUUACCUUACAUGGAUGGAGUCUCCCUGUAGUUCUGAUUGUUUGGUAUCAUGAUUGGUUGGCAGGUGCAUUACAAAGAAGAAUCAGUGCAACAGAUUCCCCACAGUUUGCUUGUGUUUCUGUUCAUGGGCCACUCCAACAAAACGGUGACCAGGAAGUUACAUACAUAAAUGUGCGCACAAAAUUACUUUAAAAUACAUUUUAUUAUUAAGCAUAUUGUCUUGUUUAUUGACCUAAAUGAAAAAGUAAGAUGUGUAAUUGAAGAAAAAAAUAUAAAAACUACUUGAAACACUGAAAAAUGGCAUUUGUCUCCACUCUCUAACUAUAAACUUUACCAUAAAAUAUAAUUAUUAAAAUCCUUCAGAUAUGUAUUUUUAUUUGCAUUGUUGUGUGACUCCAAAUCCCAUCUAUGCUUAUUUUAUAAAAAUAUUUUUGUCAUAACAAAUACAUAAUAUUUAAGUUAAAAUACACAUUGUAUGUUGUGUCCCUGGGUUUCGCUCAGUCCAGUUACUGUAAAACAUUACCCUGAUCAUCUGAAACAUCUGGAAUAUUCCACAACAAGUCACAUCUGCAACAGGAAGUGACAUCAGCUGGUUCUUUUGAAGAUCAUGGGAAGACCAAAAUUAAGGUCAAUCAUUUGUUUUUCUGUAUAUUUGACACUUACUCCUGUUACCUAAAUUAAUUCUUAGAUGGUAUUGGUUUAUUUUGAAAAUAAACAUUUUGGGAAAAUCA